AGAAGCAAGAAUCAAUGCGUAAAUUAAGAAUAUAUUGUAAUCAUCCAGUCAGUGGUGAAUUAAUUGAAUCAGUAAUUGAAAUCAAUAAGGAUGAAUUACUUCCUGAAACACUGGAUAAAGCUUAUGAGUCUAUGAAAUUAGCACCACACAUUCCUAUUGAGAGAUGCCGUUUAGUCAGAUAUUAUUAUUACUAUGAAGCAAUGGACGAGUCAUUUGAUCUCGACAAGUUUCAGGAUCAAACUAUUGAUAAACUGAUGGGUAUGUCUGUAGAUAAUUGCUAUUGUUCUGGAGUAUUUUUGCAAACUCGAAAAGAAAAUGAACACUUCAAGGUAUACAAUAUUGGAGGAAUUAAUUUGAAGAUAUCAGUAGUGGAACCUUCAACUGGUGAAGUAUCUGCAGCUGAACCAAUGAGAGCAGAGCAUGGUUGGACUGUUGGAGAAUUAAAACAGUGUAUAGGAGAACUAUUUAAUAUUAAUCCGUCAUGCAUGAGGCUAGUACUGGAAACUUAUUACGAUGCAGAUGAUGAAUUACUUAAUGAGUUUUAUCUUUCUUUCCUUGCUGGUAAUUAUUAUGGUAUGCAUUUGGCGAAUGAUACAGCAUACUUAAGAGAAUUGAUGUCAAGGAGACACAAAUUAUAUGCAUUGUCAGAUAUUGAAGAUUAUCAAAGAGAAUAUAACAAAAGUCUAAUGUACAGAUAUGUUACAUUUCAUUUACAAUCAGUAAUGCUACACAUUUCAAUGCCUUCUCGACCUGAAAGAAGAGGAGGAAAAGGGGAAGUAAGAAGAAGGGAUAUUGCCAUACCAAACACAGGUGGUAGUGGAGAAAUGAUGAUGAAGAUUGUUUCAAUAAAUGAAGGAAGAGAAAGAAAGAUACAGAUAAAAGCUGAUAAUAGAAUAUCAUUUGCUCAAUUAAAGGAAAAGCUUGUUCCAAUGGUUGGUGUACCAGCUACUGGUUUUAGAUUGUUUCAAACUAAAGAUAAUCAGCCAGAACAAGAAAUUCUGUGUCUAUCCGACUCAUUAGCCAAAUUGUCUUGUGAUUCAAAGAUUGUGGUAAAGUUGGGUAAAGGGUUACAGGAUUACAGGAUUAAGCUCUUUCUAUUACUUGUUAAUAAUGAAGAGUUUUGUAAGUUUAUAAUGGAGUCAAUUGUGUCCAAAAAUACGCCAGUUCGAGAAUUUAAGAAACAAAUUAUUGAAGAGGCAGAAAUACAAGGAAUUGAUUGUGUCUUAGAAUUAGACAAAAUCAGAUUGCGUAAAAAGACAUCCAGAUCACUUGGUCAAAUAUAUCUUGAUCAUCUGUUAAUAUAUAAAGAUGUCCAUGUGUCUAACGGCAGUGAAAUGUAUGUUGAACUAUUAAAAGGUUAGUAGAAAGUGUUCAUUAAA